CACACCUUCACUCACGCGAUUGGCGCUGGUUGCCAUCAAGUGCAAAAUCGGCUGGGAGGCAAAGACACCCUGCGGCCUGAGCAAAGACAUUGAACCUGCCGGUCGGACCGGCGGAUACAGGAUAAAAUACGGACGGACCCCCGUGGUUGAAGGGGUGACUAACUUAUUAGGACGCAUUUUUUCCUUUUCUCUCUGCCUCUGCAGGUGUACUGUGUUUUUACAGUAGGAAGAGCAAGCGAGUGAUUAAGUCUGACAGAUUCAGUAUGUCUGUGUGGCUGCAGCAGGAGGCUGGUUCAACCAGUUCUGCUGAAGCCAAGAAAUCAGAGCCCAGAGGCCAAGAGAAGAAAUGCUCAUGGGCGUCUUACAUGACAAACUCCCCAACGUUAAUUGUCAUGAUCGGCCUCCCUGCCAGAGGCAAAACAUACAUGUCGAAGAAGCUCACACGCUACCUCAACUGGAUAGGAGUUCCCACAAAGGUGUUUAAUCUUGGUGUGUACCGGAGGGAAGCAGUUAAAUCAUACAAGUCAUAUGAUUUCUUCAGACAUGACAAUGAGGAAGCCAUGAAGAUACGGAAACAAUGUGCCUUGGUGGCCCUGCAAGAUGUCAAGGCCUACUUUAAUGAAGAAGGUGGACAAAUAGCUGUAUUUGAUGCCACAAACACAACCCGGGAAAGGCGUGAUCUUAUAUUGAAUUUUGUACAGGAAAAUGCAUUCAAGGUGUUUUUUGUGGAGUCGGUAUGUGAUGACCCAGAGGUUAUUGCUGCAAACAUCCUGGAAGUCAAGGUUUCAAGUCCAGAUUAUCCAGAAAGACACAGAGAGAGAGUCAUGGAUGAUUUCCUGAAACGCAUUGAAUGUUAUAAAGUCACUUACCAACCACUAGAUCCUGAUGAAUAUGAGAAAGACCUGUCCUUCAUCAAGGUUAUGAACGUGGGCCGCCGGUUCCUGGUAAACCGUGUUCAGGACUACAUCCAGAGCAAGAUUGUCUACUACCUCAUGAACAUCCACGUACACUCGCACUCCAUCUACCUCUGCAGGCAUGGAGAAAGCGAGCACAACGUCGAGGGCCGCAUCGGAGGAGACGCUGAACUCUCCUUCCAGGGGAGACAGUUUGCGAGUGCCCUGCGUGGGUUCAUUAAGGAGCAUAUUAAGCUCUCUGACUUGAAGGUUUGGACCAGCCAGUUAAGGAGAACCAUCCAGACGGCUGAGGAGCUGGGAGUUCCCUAUGAGCAGUGGAAAAUCCUCAAUGAGAUAGAUGCCGGUGUAUGUGAGGAGAUGACCUAUGAAAUGAUCCAGAACACAUUCCCAGAAGAGUUUGCUUUAAGGGAUCAGGACAAGUACCACUACAGAUAUCCAGGAGGGGAGUCAUAUAUGGACCUGGUUCAGCGACUGGAACCUGUGAUUAUGGAGCUUGAGAGACAAGGCAAUGUACUAGUUGUCUGCCAUCAGGCAGUUAUGCGCUGUCUACUAGCUUAUUUCUUGGACAAGAGUGCAGAUGACCUCCCCUAUUUGAAAUGUCCCCUUCACACGGUAAUGAAGCUCACUCCUGUUGCCUAUGGUUGCAAAGUGGAAAUGUUUUAUCUGAAUGUGGAGGCAGUGAAUACACAUAGGGACCGACCACUGGGGAAAGUCAGACGAGACUCUGCCCCUCUGCUGCUAAGGCGGAAUAGUUACACCCCACUUUCCAGUCAUGACCAGGUUAAGCGGCCCCGUCUCUACAGCGCUGGCAACCGGUCCUGGCUGCCCCUCACCCCCUCCCCCACCGCCCUGCACUUCCCUGACACACCAGACGGGGCGCUGCUGCUUCAGCAAAGCCAAGACUCCUUGUGUGAAGGAAUCAGCUUUGACUGCCCAGGCGAAGAUAAUGACUGUUUCCGCUUCUGAGUGAGAUGGGAGAAUUUCCAAAAUCCUGCAUGACACUGAAACUUUGCUUUUAGAUUCCCUCCUCCUGCUUGCUUUAUCAGUGUUAGGACUACAUUUCCCAUCAACCCACUGCAUGACAAAUCCCCACUGAAUGAUGAAAUGUAUAUGAAAGAUAUAUAUAUAUAUAUAUAUAUAUAUAUAUAUAUGACCCAACAAAGAAUAUUUAUUUUAAGUGAUGAUGCCUUAUUGAAGAUUGAACAGAGGAGAAUCCUCUGGUCCUCUUGAAUGUUUUCUGACAGAACUUGAACACAACGUGGGUUGUGCAACUGAUGCUGACCUCUGAUACAGACUGUGUGUUGCGACACAAUGUGAUUUGCAACAAAGCAUUUUCACAACUAUUACAACAUCUUCUUCAUAUAUACCAUAGUCAGUCAUCGUCAGAAAGAAGACUAGCCUUAUUCAGGGAAUUAAUUGAAGAGAGAUUUAAUAUAGAGGGAGUAGCUUUUUAAGGUUUGUUUUGUGGCUUCUAGGAAUGCACUAACUGAGAGUACAAUGAAUCAUUCUUAAGUCUUGCACAUUUUCUUAAUAAGAAUGAUGUUUAUGGAUAUUGUACAAAGUUCGCUACUCGUGUCAUAUUUUUAUAGAAAUGUAUUUGUGUAUUGCAUUAUGUCAAAAUGACAGGGAUUUGUAGGAUUCAGUAUGUAAAAUGGGUAUAUUUUGUAAGGUCCCGCUGAUGAUGCUAGCAAAUAUAGUUGUUUAUACUAAGGUUUUGAAUGUAAUGUGCUCUUUAAGAUAGGAAUGUUUUCUCCGGUUAUGUGAUUGUUAAAACUUGAAUUACUAGCUUAACACUAGUAAUCCCUGCAUUAUUCUCAACAGCAUGUCAUCAACCAAUGACAUUGAAUACAAUAGUUGAUUGAUGUGCAAAAUGACCAUUCACUUUUGAUGGUUUAAUGUUAAGGCAAAAAUGUCAUGGUACUGUUCACUACUACUUUCCAAUUUUAUUUUACAUGUUUGAUCACAUUUUUGCCUCAAAUCUAAAAUGGUGUGACAAAUGUAUUUUCAAAAUUAAUUUCAUGUGGUCAUAAGGUUUUAAAUGCUACAUGCAUGCACAGUAAUUACAAAUACAUUAGUAAAAUGCUGCAGAAUUGUUAUAAUGGAGCAUACGUCACAACUUCACGUCAACUUUUCAAUUUCAUGUCAACUGCCCAUGAUCAGUGUCCAUAUGUUCGUUAUGUUUGUUCAACCCAGCUUCAUAAAAUAGCAAAAAUCAAGGUCCAGUUUAAGUAACCACGCAUGCCCUGAAUGGCUGCUGUGAGGGCAGUGCACAGUACGAUAUUGCGCACCAUGUGACUUUCAACUGUUAUAAAUUAUUACAUGCUGUACUGGCAAUGCCACUCAUAUACAGAAACAUAUAUUCAGACAAUAGAAUUUUGCCUCUAACAAUGCUGUUCUCAUACAUACAAUUAAACAGUCAUACUUCUGUUAU